AUGAGCCUAGUGUCAGAAAAUGGCGAUAACCUCGAGGAGAUAUACGCUUGGGUCGAGCAAAUGACAUUUUCCAAACCGAAGAAAAAUCUUGCUCGAGACUUUUCCGAUGCCGUUUUUAUGGCCGAGCUGUUAAAACGGUAUUACCCUAGACACGUUGAAAUACAUAAUUACAUAUCCGGAAACAGCAUUGCAAAGAAGAUAGAUAAUUGGUGCACCCUAAAUCGCAAGGUACUCUCGAAACUCGAUAUGAAAUUGACCAAGGACGUAAUUAAUCAAUUAGCAAAUUCGCAACCGGGAGUCAUUGAAAAAGUGUUAACUGAUUUACGGGUUAAAAUUUUGAAAGACUGUAAUGCCGAGAGAGAUUCUUUGUACUUUUUAUACGAGGAAAACGGAAAAGGAGAGGAGGUUAAGUCGGUACUCGAUCCUGAAGAGAUAGGAAAUAAAACCGUACCGCGACAAGUUUUUGUCCGGCUGAAACAAGAACUACAAGAAAAGAAUGAAAUUAUAAAUACGCUUAAUCAGAAAGUGAAUCAUCUUGAAUCUUUAAUGAAAUUUAAGGAUCAAAGAAUCGUAGAUCUUAGUGCACAAGUAGUAAAAUCUACAGAGCCUUCUCUUACACCUAGGCUUGACAAUUUAACUACAAGUAGCAGAAUUUCGAAAUUCCGUGUUAAAAUAUAGUACAUUACUGUUCUUUAAAUUAGUAUAAUAAUAUUUUACAGAUUGUACUUUCGA